CAGUGAUCAUUCGAAAGUUAUUAUCAUCCACACGAAAGGGCUGGUAAUUAGUUAUAGACCGAUUAACUCAGCAAACUAUUUACACGUGAUUUAAGUUCACUUGAAAAAGCGUAAGUAGGGGGCUGUGUAGUUAAAAUAACGAAGAGAAACAGAGUAAGCCUUUGUAAAAACGCGGGGCGAAGCACUGCUCCUAAAGGCUGUCAAAACGAAUCUAGACAUUCUAAUUCCUCUAGGGAAUACCGCCUUUUCAUGUCUGUCGAGUAUUUAUUUUUCUAUUAGUGGUAGACCAAGAGAGCUUCAGCUGCCACGACUACUAUUCCCUGAACAUGUGUAUUUUCCUUCAACAAGUUAUUGUAUAAAGAAUUGUUCUCCAAUCGCUUUGGAUUACGUGCAAACAACAGGAAAAAGCAAGUGAUCUACCGUGUGCCUGUACUUACCACAACAAUCUCUUUGCUAAAAAUUAUCACCGCUAACACCCCACAAAUUAGGAUCCGUUACGAGCUUGAAAGCUAAGUAUCUUGAGGCCAGUUUACGCAAACGAAGCAAGGGUGUAAUAGAAUUUAUGUUUGUCAAACGUGAUCCAAGGAGCCAUGUUCAAGUAAAACUGCCGUCGUAGACACCAUGCGGGGAAAUUCUACAAAAUGUAAAUAUCGAGUUCAGCCAAUUGACGUUUCUAGUUCGUGAGUAACUGUGCACAAAACGACAUGUGUAAGGUAUGAGAAAUCGACACGAAGAACGUUCCUGUCUUAAAGACUGAACUCUACCUAUUAGCAAAAUAUAACGUAACCCCAAUGGCUAACAGGAGAAAGGACCUACUCAAUAACGAUAAAAUAAGGGGUGGAACUCUUUAAGAUGACUUGUGGCCGGCCAACAGAAAACUAUGAUCAUUCGCACGAAGUACGUGACUUUGCCUGUUCUAGUGAUGGCCUUUUCGUUUUCUUGCCAGUCGUUGGUGAUAUCAACCGACAGUACUUCUGAGAAUGGCACUAAGAUCACACAACAAUACAGAACAACCAAUGGAAGUGCCAACAAAGUAUGGCCUUCUAUUAAAAAAAAGUUGUCUGCCAUACAUUCGAUGCGCGCCUUGGGAAACCAAACGCACCGAAUUUCGAAAGUUUCCGCGUUCGCUGACGCUUUUGGUUCAUCACUAGUGAUGACUGUUUUAUCCGAGUUGGGCGACAAAACGUUCUUCAUUACGGCAAUCCUCGCAGCACGUCACUCUCGAUGUGUCAUUUACUGGGGAGCUAUGGCAGCAUUGGCUCUUAUGACACUAACCGCUACAGGACUUGGGUAUGCAAUACAAUUUGUUCCCACUUACAUUGUACACUAUUCGUCGAUUUGCCUGUUUAUUUUAUUCGGUCUACACAUGCUCUAUGAGGGAGUGAUGAAAUGCAGAGGAAACGACUCUGAAUCAGAAGAGGGCGAUAUGAAACAGGACACAGGUUCGCCUCCGUGGUAUAAAUCUCCGUUUGCGAAAACUUUCAUCUUAGUCCUAUUUGCAGAAUGGGGUGACCGAUCUCAAAUAGCGACCAUUGGGCUUUCUGCUACAAAGCUCACAUACGGCGUUUUCGUCGGUGCCUUAUUGGCGCAUGCUGUAUGCACGCUUAUUGCAGCGUUAGCUGGACAAGUCUUGGACAAAUUCAUUCCAGUUGCCGCCCUCACGAUCGCGGGGGGCUUCGUAUUUCUCGCAUUUGCGGCAUACUCGCUUGCUACGGGCUAUUUGAAUAACACGUGACUACGAUUCGCGAAGCCAGCGUAUCAAAGGCCCAAUCCCUCCCUAGUUUAGGAUCAUACAUGAAGGAAUCGACGUUGCGACCACGGUUGUCCACAGCAUGCAUCAUACAAUUCACACUCCAUAGCGGCCGAUAAGUUGGUCCUUCACCGGCGGCAACAGGGAGGCCCAAUUGACGUAGCUCAUUCGGCGCAACUUUGACAGUUCCGCCUCUUUGUAUUUGACAGCAAAAAAAUUACAACAAUAACGAAAACGCAUAAUACAGACGACCUCUAUAAAUCGGGAGGUGGUUGAUGGAUGCAUGAAGACCGGUAUCGUCGCCGCCCGUUGCCAGCCAGUAUAAGAACCCAUAUUUUAACUAGUAUCGAUUUAAAUAGAGUAAUUUAGCUUAUUGAUUACAACUGGCUCGUGGCAAUCGAGUGAGCAAUAUGGUUAUAUUGUAUGUGUAUGAUUAGUAUAACACAGCUCAAACAAUAGAACGCAAAACAAAAUUGGAAGGUUUUAAGAGUCAUAAUGGUAAUCGUGAGGUUUUAUAUAACUUUUUUUUGUACAUGUUUUUCUAUUACAAGAUGUAAGAUUACAACAUUAUACAGUGAAUGUUUGUCUUCCCAAAGUUAUGUGCGAAGUAGCUUUUGCCUCGGUGCGAGGAAGCUUUUUUUGCGAAGUGUAAGCUCAUCGCCCGCCCCCACUACAUGGUGAUUACGUAUUAAAACCAAUAUAUAAUUUAGUUCUCUAAAGUGAACGUUUUUGCCGAGGUUUACAAAGAAAAAGAUUUACUACCUUACAAUAACAAAUGCUGGGUCAGACAUAAUAGAAUUUAGCUUUCGGUGUCUCUCUGGCCUAUAAGUAUCGGACGCAUAGGCUACGCCUCGGAUAACAGUUGUAAUGAAAAAGUACGGUCAAGUUACAUAGAUUUGGCUGGAUGCUAUAUGUAUUUGAUAGAUGAAGUUUUGGCCAAGCAGGAGACUUGAAGGUAUUUCAGUCGAAAAUUUUCUAUUAUUAAUUCAUCGGAGAGAUAUAUAUCUUAUUGAUACAGGAAUUGCACGGAUACCUAAUGCGGAAUUACGUUCUUGCGGAGACUAUUAGGGCAAACGCGAUCAAGACCCAAUUUGGGUAUAUUUUCAUAAGGAUAAAAUUUGUUGGUAUAGUUGUGCGUUUCGAUUUACAUCGACCGCAAUAUCGCGCAGUCAACGUAUAAAAAGGCACUAUGGGAAAUAACUGCUAACAAAUUUUAAUUGUUGCCCGAAUAAAAAUGCAUUGCAAACUGGUAACCAAUAAAUUGGCAGUACGUUUA